GGAGACCUCACCGAGUUGUAGCCGCUUCUUAGAGCUCCACGUCUCUCCGAGAGGAGGAAGAGAGAAUGAAUAAAGUCAGUGAGGGAGAAGCUGAGCUGCCUCGCUGCUGUCAUUACUCUCCACGCCUUAAAACAGCCCUGACCUGCCUGACGAGCCCUCUUUACUCUCCUAGGCUGCCAGAAUGGCACAGAAGGUGCUGGUAACAGGUGGAGGGGGCUACAUUGGUAGCCACUGUGUGGUGGAGCUGAUUGAGGCCGGCUAUCAUCCCGUGGUCAUUGAUGACUUCAGCAAUGCUGUACAAGGAGAAGGCAAUGUCCCCGAGAGCUUGCGGAGGAUAGAGAAGUUUAUGGACACUAAGGUUGAGUUCUCUGAGCUGAACCUGCUGGACAAACCCGGUCUGGAGAAGAUCUUCAAACAGCACUCGUUCUAUGCUGUGAUGCACUUUGCUGGGCUCAAAGCUGUGGGGGAAUCGGUGGAGCAGCCGUUACGCUACUACAGGGUCAACCUCACAGGCACAAUCAACCUACUGGAGGUGAUGCAGGCUCACGGGGUCCAUAAUCUGGUGUUCAGCAGUUCGGCGACGGUGUACGGCGAUCCUCAGAAACUGCCCAUCGACGAGCAGCAUCCAGCCGGAGGCUGCACAAACCCUUACGGCAAGACCAAAUUCUUCAUUGAGGAGAUGAUCCAGGACCAGUGCAGUGCGGAAAAGGACUGGAAUGCAGUGUUGCUCAGGUACUUCAACCCCAUCGGUGCUCACGUCUCAGGACAGAUCGGUGAGGACCCACAGGGAACACCAAAUAACCUUCUACCCUAUGUGGCACAGGUUGCUAUUGGGAGAAGAAAACAUCUGAACGUGUUUGGAAAUGACUACAACACAGUUGACGGAACAGGAGUGAGGGAUUACAUUCAUGUAGUGGAUCUGGCAAAGGGACACAUUGCUGCACUCAGGAAACUGAAGGACAACGACGGCUGCAAGGUGUAUAAUCUGGGCACGGGUACUGGCUACUCUGUGCUGCAGAUGGUGCAGGCUAUGGAGAAAGCUUCCGGAAGAGAGAUUGCAUAUAAGAUCGCCCCCCGGCGGAGCGGAGACAUUGCGUCGUGCUAUGCAGACCCUCGUCUGGCAGAGAAGGAGCUGGGCUGGAAGGCUAAUUUUGGCCUAGAGAGAAUGUGUGAAGACUUGUGGCGCUGGCAGUCCCAGAAUCCCACCGGGUUCAGCAACAGCACGGUGCAGUGAAACAGACCCACUCAGGAGAGACCCUGACAGCGGGAGCCAUCCUUCAUUUUUAUACGACUUGAUUUCACCUGGAAGAAACCUCAUGACCCAAUGAAUGAUUUACAUUCCUAGCUAUGUUCCUUCUACCUGUUCUCUUUAAAUUAUUACCAGCAAGCUUUAUCUCCUUAAUGAGUCUUCUUACGUGUAAUUUUUUAUUGUUUCUUGAUUCCAUUUCUGACGUAUUGGUCCAAAUUUCACUUUAGAUCAGUACCUCUCGAAUAAUUUAAUUCUUUCUAUACAGAUUAACUUUAACUUUAUCUUUUUGGAAAAAAUGUUGGAUUAUUAUUUUUUAUUUUUAUUUUUUUUUUUGUCUUGUUUAGUUUUUCCAUCCAACUUGGCUUCAGUUUAGAACUGCAUUGAAGUCCAAUACAAGAGCAAGACAGGUGCUUUUUUUGCAACUCACAAAAUGAACAUUAUGUAAUAAAAAGGGAUUUGUGGAUAUAUA